AUGAAGUUAAGCUUGCUCGAGACAGUUGUCUUCAGCCUUGCAGUUAGCUCGUACGGCUGGGAGCAUAGAGGCCAUGAGUUCCGUCCACCACUACCAGGCGACAGUCGGUCUCCAUGCCCUGGUCUCAACGCCUUGGCCAACCACGGCUGGCUCCAUCGCUCAGGGAAAAACAUCGACCUACCCGCAUUCCAAUCCGCCAUAGCUGGUGCCUAUAACUACGAGCCCACAUCUAUGGACGGGUUUUUCGAGCUGGCGCUGAACUUCAACCUCUCGACCACGGGUAACCAAUCGACCUUCAACCUGUUUGAUUUGGCGAGACACGACGAGAUCGAGUUCGACGGGUCGCUGUCUCGCAAUGACAUCUACUUUGGCGAUAAUGUGCACUUCGAUCAUACCAUUUGGGCAACGGUCGCUACGAACCUCGAUCUUUACCAUACUCUGGGCUCUGAGAUAAAUCAAUAUGUCACCGUCGAGACGGCAGCCAAGGCAUGUAGGGCACGCGCGGCCGAUGCCAAGAGGGUCAAUCCCAGCUUCAAUGCUUCCGCCAUGCAAGUUAUGGGCAACCCUGGGACAACAGCUCUUUAUUUGGUGACCUUGUGGGAUGAGAACGCAGGUGCUGCACCAAAGUCUUGGAUUCGCGCUCUAUUUGGUGUGUUCCCUUACAUUCUCUUGCUAUUAGCACCGCUGCGAUAUAUCGAUACUUACUAUCUGAUAGAAGAAGAUCGUAUCCCGUACCUUGAGGGGUACAAAGUACCCAAAGUUCCAAGGACCAUGGACGAUGUUAAUGAAAUGGCAAAGAGAGUGUCGGCAGUAAAGGUUUAG